AAGUGUCGCUGUAUCAGUACCACCUCAGAACGACGUUGUUUAUGAAGGCUAUGCGAUGGCGCCGACGAGUAGUGGUAUAUAUAAUUCCGAUUACAAGGAAGAUGGGAAAGCAAACCUUUCUGAUCUGCCUGCUGACAUUGGUGCGACGAAUGGAGUUGUAAGAUCAACUAGAGAUCUUCUGCCAGCUCAUUACAUAUUUCAAAUCAAGAAUUUCUCGUUGCUGUUUAAGAACGAGGUUAAAAAAUGUGAAUCAGGCCAGUUUGAAGCUGGCGACUAUCAAUGGAGAUUAGGAGUACAAGUACUCCACACAGAUGGGAAGAAGAAUAUAUAUUGCAAUCAUGGGAACGAUCCCAUCUCUUUGUAUUUGGCUAUAGCAAAUCAAAAUAAUCUUUUGCCUAGUUAGGAGGUUAACGUAAACUUCAAGUUCUUUGUGUUUGAUCAAAUACGCAACAACUACCUAUGUGUUCAAGAUGGGAUUGUAAGACGCUUCCAUAACUUAAAAACUGAAUGGGGAUUCAACCAAUUACUUCCACUUGAUUUUCUCGGCAAUCCUUCGAAUGGUUAUAUUGUUGACGACACAUGUGUCUUUGGGGUGGAAGAUUUUGUUAUUAAA